AUGACCGAUCAACACUAUGCCCCUCCACCGGGCCCUCCACCAUCAUACCGUCAGCAAGACACCACAACCAACAAUGCCAAAGCCAACGAGAACACCGACAUCGCUCCUCCGCUCGGCUCACUACCGUUUCGCGGCCAAAAUAAUAACGACAUCCCACCACAACCACCUGCCGAAGCAAACCCACCGCCCUACCAAAACUGGAUGACUGUGGAAGACACAUCCCUCCUCCCUCCGCCGCCACCCUUGCCGGAAGACACCUCCCCAACCAACAACGCAAGCUACGACGACGCCGCACAAGCACACGCCUGGUGCGCCCAACACCCACUCUACACGCCGUCCAAACCCUCCCCUGACAUCCACGCCCUCGCUCAAAAGGGCCACUUCACCCUCACCCGCCCGCCACCGUCCCUGAUCGACGAUCCGCAUCAAUUCACACUUCACCAAGACCCCCCCACAAAAUGGUACAUCUGCACGGGCUCCGAAGACCAGUCCGACUGCAUGUUCCUGACAGAUAUCCCAUCAUACUUCGCCGCCACGGACAAUCCCUUACUCACGAAUCGCCCCUUCAGAAUGUCGUACACGAUCCACAUCAAGGCCAUGUCCUUUGAGGAUGAGCCCGUUUCGGGCAUAGCAAUCGGUUUCGCAGCCAAGCCAUACCCACCAUGGCGUCUUCCGGGCUGGCACCGCGCCAGUCUAGCCGUGCACGGCGACGACGGCCGGCGCUUCAUGAACGAUCCAUGGGGAGGGCGUGAUUUUGUCGAGGGGUUCCAACCCGGGCAGAGUAUCACCGUGGGGAUGACCUUCUCGACGACCCCACUUGGCGCAGGCAAAGUCAAGACGACGGCGUGGUUGACGCGCAAGGGACGCACGCGUGAGUGGGCGAUUGAUGAGCAACGGGAUCAGCGUGACGAAGGUGUUGACGGGCUCAUGGGUGAGGGUGACUUAUAUCCUGCCAUUGGAGUGUUUGGCGGUGUUCAGUUUGACGUCGAGUUUCAUCCACGGCAGGGACGAUGA